UGAGAAUUAUUUAGAUUGUAAACGCGAUUGACAAAGUGCAUUCAGGUUCAUUGAUAAGCACGGAACGCUUGUAAAUUCACACGGAAUGUUAUUACUAUGUUAUCUUAGAGGCCACCAGUUCACAUCUAGCGGAAAUGUACAUGAUAAGGACAUUAAAUGAAGUUGUUUAAUCAAUGUGCUUCUAAUGCUCUGAAGCGUUGCGAAUAAAAUGUAUUUGUUUAACUUUACGUUGUUUAUUUUGACAUUCGGUGUUUACAGUGCGGAAAUCAGUGAUUUAAAGUUGAGGGUACCAGGAUACAUGCUUUCGCAUGCUAACACCUUCCUCGCAGGUAAAAAUGAGACCGUUUGCGUCACCCUCUACGACGCUCAAUUGCCUGUCAAGAUGUUGCUCGAUCUGAAGAUCAAGGAUAAACAUAAUGUAUUCACCAAACUCAUCACCUCUGAUUACUAUUGUUUCGACGUACAAGUACCUUCGCACACCUCUACCGAGGUGCUCACUGCAAGUCUACAUUUGCAAUUACAAUUAAAUGGUACAAUUUAUGCCUCACACAAUCAGGACGCUGUUUUAAUUUACCCAAACACCGAUGUCACUUUCAUCGAAACCGAUAGGAAUAUUUACAAGCAGGGCGAUGUUGUAAAAUUAAGACUUCUAGUGUUGUCGCACGAUUUGAAGAGCACCAAUCAACGAAAUAUUUCCAACAUUAAAAUUAUUAAUCCGAAAGGUUUCAUCGUAUCGCUUUGGAGAAAAGUGAACUUGCUUUUAGGAUUCGUGCAGCUGGAACAUCAACUAACAGACGACGCAAUAUUGGGAAAAUGGAGUGUAGAAGUUAAUGGAAUUCUUAAAUAUUUCAUGGUGAAACGUUUCACGCUUCCUCGAUUCAAAGUGGAAAUUACAGCACCCAAAUCAAUAUACGCAAAUUCGGUUGAAGAUUAUAAAUUUUUCGUGUGUGCCAAAUAUACUUUCAAGAAACCAGUGAAAGGAGUGUCUUUGAUGAAAAUUAGUUAUCCGGAUGGGUCACUUAAUGCGACCAGCAGAAUCGCAUGGUUGUAUAAUGGUUGCGCUGAAUAUAAAUUCAACAAAAUCGAUUUAAAGUUCAGCACAUUCACCAAUAGCCAUCGAGUAAAUUGGGCUCUAAAAAUAACCAGUACCGUGACUGAGUACGGGACCAAUCAAAUCGAAUCUGAAACGAUUGGAAUCCAAGUGAAAUCUUAUAAAUACAAACUACAGUUUUCCAAAGAACGAACAUAUUUCCAACCGGGUUUACCUUAUUAUGGUAAAGUGAAGGCCACCGAGAGUUACGUCGAUCUGAAGAAGGAAACUGUGAAGAUUUGUUAUCAGGUGGCGAUCAAGAAACCUUGGAAUUUGAAGCCGGAACAGUGCGGUUUUUUUAAGUUCAAUGAAGAUGGCAUCGUGCUGUUUACCAUUUUGCCGAUGAAAGAGAACGCGGUGGAAAUAAGUUUGAGCGCAAAGUCCUUAGAGAGUGAAGAUAACUGCUUAUCGGAUAGCCUGAAACUGAAUAGAUGGUAUUCAUUGUCGAACAGCUAUAUGCUUAUCGAGCGAGAUACGAAAGUUUUUUCAAAAUGUGGAUCAAUGCAACACUACGCCGUAUAUUUCACAAGCAACAAACUGAGGAACAACGAGACUCUAACUUUUUAUUAUAUGCUGAAAUCCAAGAACGGGAUCGCUGAAUUGAAAAGCACCAAGCAUACUGUUAAAAAGCAAACAAUAAAUUUUAAGAAUGAAUUGAAGAAUAUAGUUGGUGCGGAAACAAAGUUCAAUAAAGUUGAAAAUUCUAUAGACAAAUGCGUUCUGAAAUUCCGAUUGCCGAAGACCGUAUCUGCAAGAUUUACUCUAAUAGUCUAUUAUAUUACUAAAGAAGAAGUUGUCUCCAAUAAUAUCGAUAUUUUAUUCGAUAAAUGUUUACCUAACGAAGUCAAUACAUCAUGGUCAGAAGACAAUGUUUAUCCCGGCGAAUCCACCACUUUAAGUAUUGACGCUACGAGUUUCUCGCUAUGCGCCAUUUCCGCUGUGGAUUUAGCAACUUCUCCAAAAUCUUUAAACAUUCAAAAUAUAUUCCAACCGUUUAUGCACACUAAAGAAUCCCUUCCCAAGCACAAACCGAACUGUUUAUCAUCAAUAAAACGGAAACAAGAUAAAAUUCCGGAACAACUAUUUGAAUUAAGAAAACGUCGUUCAAUCAUUUCGCUUGUGUCCAACGAUUACGAUUCUUACGAAGCAUUCCAGAAAGCUGAUCUGUCCAUCAUUACAAACAUGAAUGUUAUUUCGAAGCCUUGCAACUUGGAACCUGAUAUAUUUCCUAGGUUGCUCUCGUUGCCAAAUUCUUACGAGAUCUUCAACGAGGAUAGAGGCGUAUCUGUACGUAGCGAAUUCCCGGAAAGUUGGCUUUGGGAAUUAAUACCCACCAAUAGUACUGGUCAAGUUAAGGUAAUCAGGGAAGUUCCGCAUAGCAUAACUACUUGGGUCUUCAAUUCCAUCUGCAUUUCACCUACAGAUGGUAUAGGGCUCGGUCCAACUCAGGAGAUCACAGUUUUCAAACCGUUUUUCAUAGAUAUUUUAUUACCUUACUCAAUCAAACGAGGAGAAACUUUCUACAUGCAAGUUUCAAUACAUAACUAUAUGAAUUUCAGUUUACCAAUAACAGUAACUCUUCCAAGUUCGAAUCGUUUACAACUACUGCAGAAACCAGAAUUGAUGAAGGUUUCAAUAUGCGUUAAAUCCAACGAUAUCCAUACGCAUGUUUUCAUCGUCAAGGGUAUCUCUCUAGGUAAAAUAAACGUCACUGUUCUAGCAGAAACGGACUCAUCCUAUCCAAGGGAGUGCGGCCCAGAAACCAUCAUUAGUAAAAACGACAUUGUUGUCAAACCUUUACUUGUAGAACCCGAAGGUUACCAGUCUGAAUUCUCAAAAUCGGUAUUUAUUUGUGGAAAAGAUCAACUAAACAACGUGUCUUGGGAUGUUGUUAUUCCAAAAGAUAGGAUCAGCGAUUCCACGAAUACAAAAUUAAUAUUCAAUUCUGAUCUGUUGGGACCAACAAUUCAGAAUCUUGAAAGGAUUAUAAACAUUCCGACUGGAUGCGGCGAACAAAUAAUAUCAGUUAUGGCCCCCAAUUUAUACAUAAUGAAGUAUUUGAAAGCUAAUAACAAAUUGUCACAAGCUUUGAAGCAGAGGAUGGUGAAGAAUAUUAAAAUGGGUUACCAGAAGAUAUUAAGUUACGUACAUGAGGAUGGUUCAUUCUCCGCUUUUGGAUACCACGAUUCUUUGGGAAGCAUGUUUUUGUCGGCGUUCGUAGUGCGCACUUUGCAGCAAGCCAAGGAAUACACGUAUGUAGAUGAGAAUAUAAUCAGAAGGGCCUCAAAAUGGAUUAUUGAGAAGCAAUUGGAAAAUGGAUGCUUUCCGGCUGUAUCUCAUGUGUUUCAAGAUAUGGGCGGAACUAGUAUGGAAAACAGCACCGCCGCGUUAACCGCCUAUGUUGUUAUAAGUCUGUUGGAAUCUGGAAUUGAAAUACCACAGUCUGUUAAAACUAACGCUCUCUACUGUAUCCGUGGACAGUAUUACGCGGAUAAGUACACUGUAGCACUAUGUAGCUACGCUCUGUAUCUCCUAAAGUGGAAAUCUGAAGCUGAUAGAUAUGUUAAGAAAUUAGUAGAAUUGGCUACCAGCGAUGAUAAAAUGAUGUGGUGGAACGUAGAAACAGGAAGUUCGUCCACAAAUAUUGAAACCACUGCAUAUGCCCUAUUUUCAUUGCUUGAAUCUAAAAACAACGAUAAUUUAAUAUACGCCAGUCAAAUCGUGCGUUGGUUGAGUACUCAAAGAAGAUCUUCUGGAAGUUUUGUUACAACACAAGAUACUUCGGUAGCUUUAGACGCGCUCUCGAGAUAUGGUAGUUUUAUGAAGGAGAAAGAAGCGAAUUUGACCAUAAAGAUUAUCAACGGGGAUCAACACUUGUACAAUAUAAACAUCAAUACAGCGGAUGGAAUGAAAACGAAGGAGAUCAACAUGAAUGCUGUUCCUGAAAAUUUGAAACUCCAAGCUAGCGGUUCGGGAUGCGUUUUAGCCCAAUUAUCCGUGACCUACAACGUUAAACAAGUGGAGACCAGUGAAGCUUUCAAACUGCAAGUGGACGUUGCUCCGGUUUCGACUAUUGAUAAAUGUUCGAUACGGAUAAUCUCACCUUGCAUUUCGUUCUUGGGCACUGGACAUUCGAACAUGGCCGUUUUAGAAGUAAAUAUGCCAUCCGGUUUUGAAGCGGAUAGAGCUUCGCUACAUAAAUUGACAGAUGAUUUUUCUUCUAAGGUAAAAAAAUUCGAGGAAUUCGAAGACAAAGUUGUCCUAUAUUUUACCGAAUUGACAAAUGAUCUGGUCUGCGUUCCAUUCAAUAUCAACGAGAAUAUCAUUAUAGAUAAUCGGGUUAACACAACCGCCAAAAUCUACGAUUAUUACAGGCCAGAAUUCAUCACGUUCAUGUCGUAUCAUUUGAACACAUGCGAAUUUAGCGACGUGCUAGAGAAUCCAGUUGAAAAAUCGUCUCCAAUUAUCAAAAGAAAUACUAAGCAUAACAAAUCGAAUAAAUCCAAGUACGGUCUGAACACCGAUUUCGUCAAUGUUGACAUUGAAAUGCAACCACCUGUAUUGAAGGAAAUAUACCAGCAUACGUUAAGACCAAUUGAAUAAAUAUAGUAUUUCGUAAGCUACUAGAAUUACAGUACAAUUCAUUAUUAUUUAAUCGAAUUACGUCUUCAUAUAAUUUAUAAAAAA